GCUGGGACGCCGUGCGCAGGCGCAGUGUUGCCGGGCGGCCCAAGAUGGCGGCUGUGUGCGCCUCACGCUGGCUGAAGGAGGCGGCGGCGGCGGCGAUGAUGGCGGGCGGCGGGGCGCAGAGGCGGCUGCUGUUGCUGCGCCUGGCCCGGGGACUGAGCGGGGGUCCCGGAAGGCCCUUCGCGCCUCGCCUGGUCUGGGCCCCCAGGCUCGGAAGCGGCACCGAAAUGAAGUCCCAUCCGCUUGUUUGCACUGCCUCAUUCCACACUAGUUCUAUCAGUGGUGCCAAGGAGGAUUUUUACCAGGUCCUGGGGGUCCCUCGCAAUGCCAGCCAGAAGGAGAUCAAGAAAGCCUAUUACCAGCUUGCCAAGAAGUACCACCCGGACACCAACAAAGAAGACCCUAAAGCGAAGGAGAAGUUUUCCCAAUUGGCUGAAGCUUAUGAGGUCUUGGGUGAUGAAGUGAAGCGGAAGCAGUACGACACUUACGGGGCGGCAGGCUUUGACCCCGGCUCUGCAGGGACCGGGCAGCAGUAUUGGCGGGGCGGCCCGUCGGUGGAUCCCGAAGAGCUCUUCCGGAAGAUCUUUGGGGAGUUUUCAGGGUCCCCUUUUGGGGAUUUCCACACUGUUUUUGACCAGCCCCAGGAGUACGUCAUGGACCUGACGUUCAAUCAGGCCGCAAAAGGGGUGAACAAGGAGAUUGCGGUGAGCAUCAACGACGCCUGCCAGCGGUGCGAUGGCAAAGGGCAUGAGCCGGGCACUAAAGUGCAGCACUGCCACUACUGCAACGGAACGGGAAUGGAGACGGUCAACACGGGUCCGUUUGUCAUGCGCUCGACGUGCCGGCGCUGCGGUGGACGUGGCUCUGUGAUGACCACCCCUUGCGUUGUUUGCCGCGGAACUGGCCAGACAAAGCAGAAGAAGACGGUCAUGGUCCCAGUCCCAGCAGGAGUGGAGGAUGGACAGACUGUGCGCAUGCCGGUUGGGAAGAAGGAGAUUUUCAUUACCUUCCGGGUCCAGAAGAGCUCUGUCUUCCGGAGGGAUGGUGCGGACAUCCACUCGGACCUCUACAUCUCCAUCGCCCAAGCUGUCCUUGGGGGCACGGCCAGGUCGCCGGGGCUGUAUGAGACCAUCAGCAUUGUGAUCCCACCGGGCAUCCAGGCCGACCAAAGGAUCCGGAUGAGUGGGAAGGGCAUUCCCAGAGUCAACAGUUAUGGCUAUGGAGACCACUACAUUCAUAUCAAGAUCAAGGUUCCAAAGAAGUUGACAGACCGGCAGAGGGCUCUGAUGCUGAGCUAUGGGGAGGACGAGACUGACGUGGAAGGGACCGUGAAUGGCAUUUCAAGCACCACAACUGGUGGCGGCAGGGACCCGGCUGGACCGGGGGCGAGCGCCGAGAGGCCCGAGGCAGGGGGAUUCCUAGCUAAACUUAAGAGGAUGUUUAGCUCCUGAUUGAGGGAAACGUUCUGCUGGCCACUAGGCACAAGUGGUGACUGCCCGGUGGCCGCAGUGUCCUUGAGGAGGGGCAGGAUGGACACCUCACCCCCCGGCUUAGCGUGACAGCUGCCCUCGUAUACAGAGGGGUCGCCUCUGUCCCCGGAACUACAGAGAGGAGUCUUGGGUUCACUUGCACUUGGUGAAACCUUGGCUCUUCUGGAGAGAUGCAACUCUUCUGAUUGGCGGGAGCCACCUGAACUCCGAAAACUCCGAAAACUAAAAAUGCACACUUAGCUCUAUAUGAAGUUUUGACAUCCUAAAGGUUGGAUUGCUGCAGAAAGCGUUGCCAAGAUCAGCCAGUCUCUUGGCCCCAAAGGAGAGGCCUGGGUCCUGCUGUGUGUUGCAAGAGGCCUCGUGGCUACGGGAUGCUCCGGAUGCGUGUGAUACUUUGCGGCCACUCCAUUCGCUCCCUGCAAGUGGAGGGGAUGCAUUUCCUGUUGGGCUCCUUGUUUCAAGCUCUGAGACCAGUGAAGUUUUGAGGGGUGGCUACGCUCAGCUUUUUUGGGGCAAUUUCUUAGCAGAUUGGCCCUUCUACAAGGAUAGCCUGGUCUGGUGAGUCUGCGCACCCCAAUGGCAGGAGCCAGGGCCCAUUGCUUCCCAUCGCAUGUGCUCCGCAGGCGCAUGGGCCCUCACUGUCUGCAUGGCAACGAUGGGAAAAAGGCUACUAUCAUGGGAGCCCAUGUGUGCCUCUUGUGUCCUACUUGGACUGUCGGGAAUAGAAUUGAGCCCCACAUCCUCCAGCGCUCCCUGUGGCAACAGAGACUGACCAGCGGUCUCCAGUGAUUGACAGGCAGUCCAUUUACAUGCAUCUUUAAUCGCCUCCUGGUCACUUUGCCCUGCAUUGGGGCUCUGUGGUGGUGUAAAGGAGAGAUGUCUGUUCAAUAAAGAUGUUUAGAAUCCA